AUGACAGACCCAACUCGACCGCGACGAAAAUCCUUCCAAGAGAUUGCCAGCGCAAAAAUCGAAGGCACCGACUACAAGAUACUUGUCAAAGACCGUGGCUCUGCCAUUGUGAUAAUUGCACCACAUGGAGGAGACAUUGAGCCAGGAACAUCCCAAAUAGCGGCCGCGGUCGCAGGUGACGACCUCUCACUUUAUGACUUCCAAGGCUUGCGCAACACUCAUGGUCAUCGCGAGCUUCACUUGUCAUCGCAUCUUUUCGACGAACCUCAAGCGUUACAACUUGUCGAGAGAGCCGAGACAGCUGUCGCGAUACACGGGAGAAAGGAUGGUAAUGAUCCUGAUCGAGUUUGGAUUGGUGGCUUGGAUGUUCAACGUUGCAGGAGAACAAUGGCUGAGCUGGUGAAAGGUGGGUUUGGGGCUGUGGUCCGUGAGCCUGGAGAGACACUGGCUGGGACGGCGGCUUCCAACAUCUGCAAUCGAAGCAAGCGGAAAGAGGGAAUUCAACUCGAGAUCCCGAAGAGCCUCAGAGAUCGUCUGAAGAGUGAAUCCAUGCUAAGAAGCGAAUUCGCCAGAGCUAUCAACAAAGGGAUUCGGGAAGAAGCCUUGUUCUCCAAGUACUGA